CUGCGUUUAGGGCGUGGUCUCGGCUCCGGGCGCCUCAAGGAGACUUGGGGACGCCCGAACCACUCCUUUUGAGUGCCCGGGUGCCGCGGCCACCGCGUGGGUCUGCUGCGCUCCAUGAGGAAGAUGCUCGCCGCUGUGUCCCGCGUGUUGGCAGGCGCUGCGCAGAAGCCGGCAAGCAGAGUGCUAGUAGCUUCCCGUAAUUUUGCAAAUGAUGCUACAUUUGAGAUUAAGAAAUGUGACCUUCAUCGGCUGGAAGAGGGCCCUCCAGUCACCACAGUGCUCACCAGAGAGGACGGACUCAAGUACUACAGGAUGAUGCAGACUGUGCGGCGAAUGGAGCUAAAGGCAGAUCAGCUGUAUAAACAGAAGAUUAUUCGUGGUUUCUGUCACUUGUGUGACGGUCAGGAAGCCUGCUGUGUGGGUCUGGAGGCUGGCAUAAACCCCACCGACCAUCUCAUCACAGCCUAUCGAGCGCAUGGCUUCACCUUCACUCGGGGCCUGUCUGUCCGAGCAAUUCUUGCAGAGCUAACAGGAAGAAGAGGAGGUUGUGCUAAAGGGAAAGGCGGAUCGAUGCACAUGUACGCCAAGAACUUCUACGGGGGCAAUGGCAUCGUUGGAGCUCAGGUGCCCCUGGGAGCAGGGAUUGCUCUGGCCUGCAAGUAUAAUGGAAAAGAUGAGGUCUGUUUGACUUUAUAUGGUGAUGGUGCUGCUAAUCAGGGUCAAAUAUUUGAAGCUUACAAUAUGGCAGCAUUGUGGAAAUUACCUUGUAUUUUCAUCUGUGAAAAUAACCGCUAUGGCAUGGGGACAUCUGUUGAGAGAGCAGCGGCCAGCACAGAUUACUACAAAAGAGGAGAUUUUAUUCCUGGACUGAGGGUAGAUGGAAUGGAUAUCUUGUGUGUCCGAGAGGCAACAAAGUUUGCAGCUGCCUAUUGUAGGUCUGGUAAGGGGCCCAUCCUGAUGGAACUACAGACUUAUCGUUACCAUGGACAUAGUAUGAGUGACCCUGGAGUCAGUUACCGCACUCGAGAAGAAAUCCAGGAAGUAAGAAGUAAGAGCGACCCUAUUAUGCUUCUUAAGGAUAGGAUGGUGAACAGCAAUCUUGCGAGUGUUGAAGAAUUAAAGGAGAUUGAUGUGGAAGUGAGGAAAGAAAUCGAGGAUGCUGCCCAGUUUGCUACAGCUGAUCCAGAGCCACCCUUGGAGGAACUAGGCUAUCACAUCUACAGCAGUGAUCCUCCCUUUGAAGUGCGUGGUGCCAACCAGUGGAUCAAGUUUAAGUCAGUCAGUUAAUGGGUAACUGUGAAAUGGAUGCUCAUCUUACUGCUCAUCAUCCACUGUAAGAACUCUGUGCUUUCAACUUUAAGGACAUGAAAUACCCA